AUGGCGGCUGGACUCAAGACCAUCAUCCUGCUCUCGUUCGUGCUCGCACUCGGCUUCCUGCUCAUCAUUCUCUCCUGCGCACUGUGGUCCAACUGGUUGCCACUUCUGGUCGCGCUCAUCUAUGUUCUCACACCGCUUCCGAACAGCCUCUGUGCACGCUGCGCUGGCGCCGAUGACUUUUCCGCCGACUACAACAGUGGCUUCUUGGACUUUGGCAACUUCAUGACCGGUCUCAUGAUCGUCUCUGGGUUCGCAUUGCCAUUGUCGUUGGCACAUUCGGGCGUCAUCGCACCAACAGCUUGCUGGAUGUCCAUCGCCGGUGGUGGCCUCGUGUACGGCACCAUCUUGACCUACUCUGGCUUCUUCAACGAGACAGACGACUACUAG